AGGACGAAUAGAGUUUUGAAAAGAUGGAGCAAAAUGACAAUCAUGCUAGAAGGAAAAGGGGAGGGCUGGUCACAAUGCCCUUCAUCUUUGCUAAUGAGGUUUGUGAGAAGUUGGCUGUGGUGGGUUUCAAUACAAACAUGAUUAGCUACUUGACAACACAGCUUCAUAUGCCAUUAACCAAAGCCGCUAACACCCUCACUAACUUUGGUGGAACUUCAAGCUUAACACCAUUGCUCGGUGCUUUCAUUGCCGAUUCAUAUGCUGGAAAGUUUUGGACCAUCACCGUUGCUUCCAUUAUAUACCAAAUUGGGAUGAUUAGUUUGACAUUAUCAGCAAUACUUCCACCGUUUAGACCACCUCCUUGUAAAGGUGAAGGGGUAUGCCAAGAAGCUAGUGCAGGACAGCUGGCAGUUCUCUAUGUGUCAUUGCUACUAGGGGCACUCGGGUCGGGUGGGAUCCGACCCUGUGUGGUGGCAUUUGGAGCUGACCAGUUUGAUGAAUCGGAUCCCAAGCAAACAAAGACAUGGACUUAUUUCAAUUGGUACUAUUUUGUUAUGGGUGGAUCCAUACUUGUCGCUGUCACUGUUCUUGUUUAUAUUCAAGAUAACAUUGGAUGGGGAUGGGGCCUUGGAAUCCCCACUGUGGCAAUGUUUAUCUCAAUUGUUACUUUCUUUAUUGGAUAUCCACUUUACCGGAACUUGGACCCGGCCGGGAGCCCGUUUACUCGAUUGGUACAAGUAACUGUUGCUGCAUUUCGUAAGAGAAACAUAACAAAUGUACCCCAAUCCAAUUUGCUAUACCAAAAUGAUGAAUUAGAUGCCUUUAUUUCUUUGGGUGGGAAGCUUCUUCAUACCGAACAGAUGAAAUUUUUGGACAAGUCAGCUAUUGUGACAGAAGAAGACAACAGUAAAACACCCAACUUAUGGAAGCUAAACACAGUUCAUAGAGUGGAGGAAUUGAAGUCCUUAAUAAGGAUGGGCCCAAUUUGGGCUUCAGGAAUUCUUCUCAUAACAGCCUAUGCUCAACAAAACACAUUCUCACUCCAACAAGCCAAAACCAUGGACAGACAUCUUAUCAAGUCCUUCCAAAUCCCAGCUGGGUCAAUGUCUGUCUUCACAAUCCUCACUAUGCUCAUCACCACUGCCUUCUAUGACCGGGUAUUCAUCCGUGUAGCCCGUAGAUUCACUGGACUUGACCGUGGUAUUAGCUUCCUUCACAGAAUGGGAAUUGGGUUUGUGAUUUCAACCUUGGCCACUUUGGUUGCUGGGUUCAUUGAAGUGAAGAGAAAGAAGGCGGCUCUGGCCCAUGGGCUUAUUGACCAUUCUCAAGCCACAAUCCCAAUAUCAGUAUUUUGGCUUGUGCCACAAUACAGCCUUCAUGGAAUGGCUGAGGCCUUUAUGUCCAUUGGGCAUCUAGAGUUUUUCUAUGACCAGGCCCCAGAGAGUAUGAGGAGCACUGCCAUGGCACUUUUUUGGACUGCAAUUUCUGUUGGGAACUAUGUGAGUACCCUUCUGGUUACCUUGGUCCACAAGUUUAGUGCUGGGCCUGAUGGGUCAAAUUGGCUUCCUGAUAAUAACCUGAACAAGGGGAAGUUGGAGUACUUUUACUGGCUCAUCACCCUAUUGCAGCUUUUUAAUCUUAUUUACUACUUAUGUUGCGCAAAGUUGUACACUUACAAGCCAAUUCAGGUUCAUUACAAAGGGGAUAAUAGUUCAGAAGAGAACCAAAUUGAGCUUGGUAUCAGAGUUUAAGUGCAACUUUAUAGGGGGUUUAGUUGUUUAGAUUUUCGAGUUCCUCACCUUUUUUAGUGGCCACUCUUGUAGAGACUAGAAUGAAAGUAUCGAUUAGCUCGUAUCUUUGUUAACAUAUCUGCAAUAUAAAUAAUGAUUAUUAUUAUUAUUAUAGAUAAUCAUCACCAUCCAUUU